CCUGCCCGGCGGCUCCCCCGCCUCCCGAGUCAACCUCCUCUGCGGCUUCUUGGGAGCAGCUGCCGCCUCUUUGCUUUUUUACACGGUUUUCAGGGCUGCACCCUUGCUGGCAUCUCCUCCGGUGGAGAGUAUCCCGUUAGCGGCGUGACUCCCGACCCGCCGGGCCAUCACUCCUCAGGGACUCUGGGCCAAAUUCCACUCUGGAAGUUUUCGUGGCUUUUGCAAGAAGCCAAAUUCUUUGGUGUUGGGGUGGCUGGCAAACGGGCUGGCUCUUCCUGACCACAAUCCUUUGGCAGAGAAAUUAUUAGGAAGAUAUUAACCAUAUAAUGUUUUGGCGGGGUGGCAGCCGUCACUACUGCUACAGCUUUCUGGCUCAUAUGCUGGAGGAAUCCUUGCUGCGGGGGUGUUUUCAUUUUCUCGUCUAACAUGGCAGUGGUCCAUCACGGCGGAGGUUUUCAGCUUAAACAAUCUGUUUGUGGGGCUGCUGAUGGCUCUCACUGCUCAUUUUGAGGAGGCAUCCACUGCAAAAGAGAGAUCAAAGAUCUCUAAGCUUGGUGCCUUUUGCUGUGGGCUCAGUCUGUGCAAUCAGCACACGAUAGUGCUUUACAUCGCUUGUAUCGUGCCUUGGGUUCUCGCCCGGCUCUUCAGAAAGUCGGAAUUGUCCCCAGGCCAUUUGCUGAAGUUGGGUUUAUGCUUCUUGGCUGGUUUGCUGCCUUAUCUCUAUCUGCCGGCUUCGUCCUACCUCAGUCGAGCCCGUUGGACAUGGGGAGACCAGACGACUCUUCAAGGAUUUUUGACCCACUUUCUCAGGGAAGAAUAUGGGACAUUCAAUCUGGCCAAGUCCGAGACAGGAUCCAGUAUGAGAGAGAUGCUGCUUUUCCAGCUGGCACAGAUGAAGUCGGAGCUCUCCCUUCCCGUCCUUGCCCUGGCACUUGUGGCCUGUGUGAGCACAGCACUGCUGACAAGGCAGCAGAAAUCAGCUGUGAUCUGGCUCUUCACUGGAAUGCUUUGUCUUUAUUCCCUUUUCUUCGCUUGGAGAGCAAACUUGGAUGUUACAAAGCCUCUGUUUCUAGGCGUGGUGGAGCGGUUCUGGCUGCAGAGCAGUGCUGUGGUGGCUGUGCUGGCAGGGCUGGGCUUGGCAACCCUCACCUCCCUUGGGAACACCGUGCUGGAGGGCAGCCGGGUGCUGCCCUGGCUGGAGUGGCUCUCUGCCCUUGCUCUUGUUGCUUCUCAAGUUUGGACAAAUUACAGUGCUUGUGAUCAGAGCAACAACUAUGUUGUUGACAAGUUUGCAAGGAAUCUGCUGUCCUCUAUGCCCAUGGGUGCAGUGAUCCUGCUGAGAGGAGACUUACCUGGGAAUGCUCUUCGUUACCUUCAUUACUGCGAAGGGAUGAGGCCAGAUAUCACCUUAGUGGACCAGGAGAUGAUGACUUAUGAGUGGUAUUUACCCAAGCUGGCAAAGCAUUUACCUGGCAUUUAUUUUCCUGGGCACCGGUGGAAUCCUGUGGAAGGAGUAUUACCCGACGGGACACUUGCUUUUAAUCUCCAUCGUUUCCUCAAAGUAAAUAAACAUAAGGAGGUGUUUGUCUGCAUAGGUCUUCAUGAAGGUGACUCAACCUGGAGAAGGAGCCAUUCACUCUGGCCCUGGGGGACGUGUGAGAAGUUGGUUCCUUCCAAUGUUGUGUUUGACCCAGGAGAAUGGAUUCGUCUCACCAGGAAUCUCUAUAACUGGACUGAAGACUAUGGCAGUUUCAGUCCCUCUUCCUGGGAAGCUGUUGCCAACGAGGAGAUGUGGCAAGCCAGGAUGAAAACAGCUUUCUUUAUAUUCGACCUUGCGGAGAGUGCCAGUGCGACUGCAGAAAUGAAAUCACAACUUUACACAUUUGCAUACAACUCAUACAAAGAAAUUGUCAACUCUCAUCCCAAUCACCCGGUGAACUGGCACAAAAACUACGCCAUCGCCUGCGAGAGGAUGUUGCGUCUCCGUCGGGGGGACGUGGAUCCCGAAACGUUGCUCUCUGAAACUGUGAAACAUUUCCUGCUGUACACCGAGAAAGCAGAGGAUGAUCCCCAGCGCCAGGACAUCCUGCAGGCUGUGAAGCACCUGCAGAAAGAGCUGCAGGGGCUGAGGAAAAGGAAAGCAGACCUGAGGCGGGGAGCUGGGUAGCGCCUGGUCCCCCACCCGCCUGCUGGAGGGCUGGAAGUUUGAAGUCAAGGCUUAACAUCUGAGUUAGUCCUUGACAACAUGAGAAUGGUUUUAAAAGGUGACAGAACUGAGGAAAUCAAGUGUGCAGGAACAUGUUGAUGUUUGGUCUUUGGUCGCUGUUGCCAAAUGAACUUUGGGGGUUCGGGGGGGGAGAUUCAUCACUAAAAAAAUUACUGGGUUUCAAAAAGGAAAAUUUUUCUUCUUAAAGGAACCUGUGAUUCUGUUGUACUAUGAACAUUUAUCUUUUUUUUUAAUGAGUGCAGCAUCCUUUAUAGAUGUAAAAAUGUAUUUAGCAUUUAAUUGUUUCCUCUGUUACUGAGCCAAGAGGUUUUCUACAGCCAUUUUUCA